AUGUCCAGCACCACUCCCUUGCCAGUCACCUCAGCAAUCAGAGUGGUUGCUUUUCUCCUGAAGGACCAUGUUGCCUGUGACAUUGCCGAAUCUGCAGCCACACAACUCACAGAUGCGCUCACCCCCUGGCUGGUCGACCAUGUGGUGGCCGCCAUCGCCCCCCAGGUGGCACGCGUACACACCUCAUCAAAAACCAUGGCAUCCACACUGGAACAGGCAGAGCGGGUGCUCAGCAUGUUGGAAAGGGAGAAAACCGAGAAGGAAAGCAACAUUACAGUGGCAGCAGAGAGAAUCGAGGAAGCUGCCAAUAUCCUCUUCUCAUCAGUAGAAGACUGCCAAAAUGUAGUAAAGGCACUCUCCCCCUCCCUGGAGGCUACACAGAACCACCUCAAUCUCCUCUCCACUCAAAUCUCAACUCUACCCUCCAAGACCACCUCAUUGCCCCAGCCAUCUUACAGCUCUGUAGUGGCCUCUCAACUCCAACCAUCAGUAGACAAGGCAGUAGGCAGAGCCGCUAUCCGUGCAUGUCAGGUUCUUCUAGACCCCAUGCUGGGGGAAACCCUGUUUCCCCCCAACAUGUCGAACUCCGACAUCGCCAAGAAACUGAAAGAAGCACUCAUGAAGGCCAGAGACAACUCCACCCCGCCGGGAAGCAUCAGGGCAGUAAUGGCACUGCGCAAUGGGGGUAUUGUGAUUGAAAUGGAGUCCGAAAGCCUAGCAAAAUGGAUGAACAGCCCAUUGGGCAGAACCGCACUGGAAAGCAACAUGGAAUCAGCUAUUGAAGCUGUCGGAUUCCUAUGCCAAGUCGAGUGGGAAAACGGCCUUG